AUCACGUGAUUUUAGUAUCGUUCCCAAGCAGCUAAAAACCAUGUUCUCCAGCAGAAUACUGAAAUUUGCCGGUAAGGUAACUCUCAUUUCGACCGGAACUGCCAUCUUUCUCUAUCCGAAUAUUACUAAUGCUGCGGAAGUUGAUAAAAGGCAAGAAUCAGUCUCUUGGGAUUCUAACUGGGACAAAAGAAAUCCUGAUGUUAUGCUGGAGCAUUACAAGUUUAGAUUGAAGAAGAAAGCUUUGGAAAAUGAAAAGUCGAGAGAAGAGUUUAGUACCAAAGCUAGUCGACAUAUUUUGCUUAUAAGACAUGGACAGUAUAACAUUAAAGGUUCAGAAGACGAAGAGAGGAAAUUGACGGAAAUUGGCAGAUUGCAAGCUCAUGAGACUGGCAAACGAUUAAAGGAUUUGGCUCUCCCUUAUACGAUGUUCGUCUCAUCUACUAUGCAAAGGGCCAAGGAAACGGCGGAAAUUAUAGAAAACUAUCUCCCAAUAAAAAUUGGAAUAUAUGAUGAUAAUUUAAGGGAAGGCAUGCCAUACCCUCCAGAACCUCCAAUUAUGAUGUAUCGUUCUGAAUAUCGGUAUCAUGAGGAUGGUGCAAGAAUAGAAGCCGCUUAUCGAAGAUACUUCAAAAGAACAGACCCUGGUCAGACGGAAGAUUCCUACGAUAUUGUGGUCUGUCAUGCCAAUGUCAUUAGAUAUUUUAUUUGCCGAGUGCUCCAAGUGUCACCCUCAGCCUGGGCAAGAAUGGAUCUCAAACAUGCAAGUAUAACUUGGGUUGUCAUAAGGCCCAACGGUGAAAUUAGAAUAAGGCAAGUUGGAGACUGCGGUCACAUGCCAGUUAAACUAAUGACUUCUAAAAAUAGCUCAUAA